UCUUUACCUGGUUGGUCACGUGUGUAUCAGUCAAUGAUUGGUAGUGGGAAACUGCAUGUCAUUUCAGCGCCGAAAUGUCUAGUAAGAUGACAUAAAAAGCUUUUUAUAGUCGUUUGUUUGAAUGAAACAGUUAUAUGUCAAACUCAUCCUGUCAGACCAGUUUUCAAAUGUCAGGGUAGGUAGGUAGGUAGCCAUUACGCAGGUAAAGGGAGUGAACAAAAACUCCACAAUUGUUUGUGGCGAGGACAGAACAAACAUGGUACAUGAACCACAAACUGGAAGACCACACUGAAAGAAAAAGGAGAAAUUAUCGACGGAGAAGGAAUACUGUGAGCGACCUCCAGACGUUUCUCCACCAUGAGUCGGGAGCGAGUAGACUCCCAGGAGUCACUGGGGCCUGACGAUGAGGUCAUGCCGUAUAGUGACGACGAGACGGAUGAUGAGUUGGACCCCGGCUCAGACGAAGAGAGGCCCCCAGGGGGGCCACAGGCUGAAGAGCCCAAGAGCGCCGAGUCUGGUUGGAGAGUCAAAGCAAAUGACAGAGCCUUCUGUAACCUGCCAGAGUUUCAGAAAAAAUACUUUUUUUGUCUCAAGAAGAGCAAAUACGCAGGGAAUGGAAUCAAGACGUACAAAUACAACGCCUUGACCUUCAUCCCACUGAAUCUGUUCGAGCAGUUCAAACGAGCUGCCAACCUUUACUUUCUGGCCCUGCUGAUCUUACAGAUUAUUCCUGAGAUCACCACGUUGCCUUGGUACACCACCUUAGUGCCUUUAGUCCUGGUGUUGGGAAUCACAGCCAUCAAAGACCUGGUGGACGAUCUGGCCCGCCACAGGAUGGACAACGAGAUCAACAACAGGAAGUGUGAGGUCCUCCUGGAUGGCAGGUUUCAAGUGUCGAAGUGGAUGAAUAUACAUGUCGGUGAUGUGGUUCGUUUGAAGAAAAAUGAUCACAUCCCGGCCGACAUUCUGUUGUUGUCCAGUUCAAACCCCAACAGUCUUUGCUAUGUUGAAACAGCCGAGCUCGACGGGGAAACCAAUCUGAAGUUUAAAAUGGGUCUGAAAGUGACAGACGAGAGACUGCAGGAGGAGCGCCAGCUGGCACAGUUUGAUGCCAUGAUUGUGUGUGAGGAGCCGAACAACCGUUUGGAUAAGUUCACUGGGACCAUGCGCUGGAGGAAGGACCGAUUCCCUCUGGAUCUGGACAACAUGAUGCUGAGAGGAUGCAGGAUCAGAAACACGGAUGAGUGUCACGGACUGGUCAUCUUCGCAGGCGCUGACACUAAAAUCAUGAGGAAUGGUGGUAAGACCAGGUUCAAGAGGACUAAAAUCGAUGAAUUGAUGAACUACAUGGUGUACACUAUCUUUGUAAUCCUGGUCCUGUUGUGUGCUGGCCUGGCCAUCGGAAACACCUUCUGGUAUGAGGAGGUAGGCAGCAAAGCCUGGUAUCUGAAUGACGGUAAGGACCAGACUGCUUCUUACAGAGGUUUCCUCAGCUUCUGGGGAUACAUCAUCGUGCUCAAUACCAUGGUGCCCAUCUCCCUCUACGUCAGUGUGGAGGUGAUUCGUUUGGGCCAGUCUAAGUUCAUCAACUGGGACCUUCAGAUGUAUUACCAGGAGAAAGACACCCCAGCCAAGGCCCGCACCACCACCCUCAACGAACAACUGGGUCAGAUCGAAUACAUUUUUUCAGACAAAACCGGUACCCUCACACAGAACAUCAUGGCCUUCAAGAAGUGCACCAUCGCUGGACGCACCUUUGGUGACCCUACUAAUUCUGAGGGUGUAACUCUGGAUCGUGGAAGGCCAGUGGACUUCACCUGGAACAAGCACGCGGACAGGAAGUUUGAGUACCUGGAUCAUUCCCUGGUGGCCUGCAUCCAGUCCAAGAAGGACAAAAACGCCCUGGAGUUCUUCAAACUGCUGUCUCUCUGUCACACUGUCAUGGUGGAGCAGAAAGAAGAUGAGUUGGUGUACCAGGCAGCCUCUCCUGACGAGGGGGCUCUGGUGACGGCCGCCAGGAACUUUGGUUUUGUGUUCCUGUCCCGUACCCAGGACACCAUCACCAUCAGCGAGAUGGACCAGGAGAUGACCUACGAGAUGCUGGCCCUGCUCGACUUUAACAGCGACCGCAAACGCAUGUCCAUCAUCCUGAGGUUCCCUGACGGUCGGAUCCGUUUGUACUGCAAAGGAGCGGACACGGUCAUCUACGAACGCCUCUCUCCUAACUCCAGAUACAAGGAAGUGACCCAGACUGCUCUGGACAUCUUUGCUAACGAGACUCUCCGGACCCUGUGUCUGUGCUAUAAGGACAUCAGCGAGCAGGAGUUUGAUGCCUGGGCUAAGAAGCACAAGGCCGCCAGUGUUGCUAUGGGCAACAGGGAGGCUGCUCUAGACAGAGUGUAUGAACAGAUUGAGAGCAACCUCAUGAUGAUUGGAGCGACUGCCAUCGAGGACAAGCUACAGGACGGGGUUCCUGAGACCAUCGCCAAGCUGGCAAAGGCUGACAUCAAGAUCUGGGUUCUCACUGGAGAUAAGAAAGAAACGGCUGAGAACAUUGGCUAUUCCUGUGAGUUGCUUACCGAUGACAUGCAGGUCCACUAUGGAGAGGAUGUCAAUGAGAAGCUGCGGAUCAGACAGGCAAACAGAAGGGACCAGCCGCCUGCUUUCGGUCGGACCAGGAAGAAGGUACCGGAUCCGUUCUUCCCCGAGCCUGGCAGGAACGCCCUCAUCAUCACUGGAGGCUGGCUGAACGAGAUCUUAUACGAGAAGAAAAAGAAGCGUCGCCGUCUUCGAUUGAAGCGGCUUGGUAAGAGACCUGCCUCCACCACGCCCCUGGAUGCCGCCCAGCCAAUUGAUGACUGGGAGAAGGAGACUCGUCAGGUGGACUUUGUGAACAUGGCGUGCGAGUGUGAAGCGGUCAUCUGCUGCCGUGUCACGCCCAAACAGAAGGCCAACGUGGUCAGUCUGGUGAAGAAAUAUAAGAAGGCCGUCACGCUGUCCAUCGGAGACGGAGCCAACGACGUCAACAUGAUCAAGACUGCAGACAUCGGUGUGGGUAUAUCCGGUCAGGAGGGCAUGCAGGCGGUGAUGUCCAGUGACUAUGCCUUCGCUCAGUUCCGCUACCUGGAGCGUCUCCUGCUGGUGCACGGCCGCUGGUCCUACAUCCGCAUGUGCAAGUUCCUCCGCUUCUUCUUCUUCAAGAACUUUGCCUUCACCCUGGUCCACUUCUGGUACUCCUUCUUCAGUGGGUUCUCAGCUCAGGUUGCCUAUGAAGACUGGUUCAUUACUUUGUACAACGUGAUGUACAGCUCCCUUCCUGUCCUGUUGGUUGGCUUGUUGGAUCAGGACGUGAACGACAAACUGAGUAGAAAGUUCCCCAAGUUAUACCUCCCUGGUCAGCAGGGGGCGCUGUUCAACUACAAGAAUUUCUUCAUCAGUCUGUUCCACGGCAUCUUCACCUCUCUGGUGAUAUUCUUCAUCCCGUACGGAGCGUUCCUCCAGACCAUGGGGCAGGACGGAGAGGCACCCUCCGACUACCAAUCCCUCGCUGUGGUCAUGGCCUCGUCUCUCAUCUUCACCGUCAACCUGCAGAUAUCUCUGGAGACGUCCUACUGGACCUUUGUGAACUGCUUCGCUGUCCUCUGCAGUAUAGCCAUAUACUUCGGGAUCAUGUUCGAUAUCCACAGUGCAGGAAUCCACGUCAUCUUCCCAUCAACCUUCACCUUCACCGGAGUGGCUUCUAACGCGCUCAGACAGCCUUAUCUGUGGCUGACCAUCAUCUUGACUGUGGGGAUCAGCCUGCUACCUGUCAUCUGUAUUCAGUUCCUCUACAAAACCAUAUGGCCAUCCGUUGGAGAUGACGUCCAGAGGAACAGGAAGAAGUAUGAGAUGGAGGAAGAGGAGAAGAAGAAGCCUCCCUUCCAGCGCGGAAGACAGUCCCGCCGCUCAGCCUACGCCUUCUCUCACUCCAGAGGCUACGCCGACCUCAUCGCGUCCGGCCGCAGCAUCAGAAGACGGCCUGCCUCAGCCCGCCCCAACCCCAGGGACAGCAUCCGAGAGAUCCCCCAGGCCGAGAACAUAUGAGAGGGGGGGGGGCUCACCGGCAGGGCCUGGUCCCAGAUCUGUUUGUGCUGUCUUGCCAACUCCUAUGGUCCUACAACUCCUGUGGUAAAUGUCAGUUUUGACCAUAGGAGUUGUCAAGAUGGCACAAACAGAUCUGGGACCAGGCUAACCUGUCAUUCCUAUACUUUUUGAGCUGAGAACAUAUUUGAGGCCUCCCCGGCAUGAUCUUACUACGGGAAGAUGCUUCCAUCCAAAAGCUUACCGGAGCCCUAUUGCAUUGGGGAUUUAAUGUUUAGGGUUUUGUGUAACAGACAAUGUUGUUUAUCUCUGGAUUUUUAAAGCCUUAUUUUAGUUUCCCUCUCCUGGAUGGUUGCAGCAUUACUCGUCAUUACUGGGCACUCCUGACAUACCUUGGCCUGUAUUCAUGAAGCCUCAGUUGGAGUGCUGAUCUAGGAUCGGGCCCAGAGUUAUUGGUUUGACUGGAGUUGGCCUUGUUUAAACUGACAAAAUGUAAUAUAUUGUGAAUAUUAUUGAGGGUUUGUAUUUCAAUGGAUCAGUUGUCAAAUGUAUACUUGCAGUCAGAAGUGUGUCAUAAUCAUGAUUUUUUUCAAAUGUACAAGAAUUUCAGCUUUAUUUUCUGUUCAUAAUGCUGGAUCCUAGAAGUAAAUUAUUUUCCACCGUUUUUAUUUUAUUUUAUGGUGUCCUUCCUUACUGCUGUAAGUCAUUUAACACACUUUAUAUAGACAUGGAUUCAUUGUAUACAUGCUUUUAAAGCUGAACCAGUUGUUUACAUUGAUCCCAUAGGACCCUGCUGCACCUAUGGAUUGCUUGCUGUAGUUUCACGUUUUAGCGGAGCCAAACCCCCCCCCCCCCCGAUCAUAAACGGAUGCAAAUAGCUUCUUGCGUUCUUCAAUGAAUUGAGCUAGUAGUCAGCCAUAACGCUUAUUCUAAUAUCAACACUAUCCAUCCACUCUUUCGGUUAUUAUUGUGUUUUUGUAACAGGAUCGUUAUUAUUCUGGCUUUGGUGUGAGUGGGAAUGUUCUGAAAUGUGCUCAAUAUUGACCGUGCCCAAAAUGGAAUUUUACUCCCUAUUUAGUGCACUACUUUUGACCAGGGCCUAUAGGGUUCCGGUCAAAAGUAGUGCACUAGGGAAUAGGGUGCAAUUUUGGUAUGCAACCCAUUGAAAUGAAUGAAUGAAAUUGGCAAUUUGCAAUAUUUGCUAUGAAUAACUUCCUGCACAGACAUUACAAUUAGUUUCAUAUUUCGACAUGGGCUGUGACUCAAUCCACAGGAUGCAGGCUUUGGAUUGAGACUCAGCCAUGGCUAUUUUAUUGGCCUAAUGCAUUGUCAGCCUUCUAUCAAUAUGACCCCUAUCAAACAAUACUCUGUUUAAUGUUUAUAAAAUACUUUGUUAUUUUACUUACUUCAUCAUGCUGUAUAACAAAUGGACUUUGUAACUAUAUUUUAAAGGUUUGUGUACACAUUUGCUACUAAAGAAAACUGAGUGGUCAACUGGGCAACUAUUAUGACUACCUUUUUUAAUACUUGUUUUUAAUAUAUUAAUGAUAUAAAAUACUUUGUAAAAUGACUUUGAAUAAAGACUAACUAUA